AUGACUGAUGUUUCCUGCCAUCCAUGCGCCAGCAAAUGUAGCACUGACCCUGGUGUCACACAUGUUGCCGCCAUGCCACUCCGUUUAGUAAGGGGCCGCGAGUGCGAGGCCAUCGUACGACAUUUCAGGGAUCGGUAUUUCUUGGAGGCGCUGCCCUGCUCAUCCUCGUCUCCGUAA